AAAUAUGUAUUAUGCGAUUAAAUUCGCAAAAUUAGUGCUUGCAACAUUUUUUAUUAAUUAUAUUGCACUUAACGUUAAUGGCUUAGAAUGUUACGUAUGUGAAUCAAAACCAAGUUCAGCGGAUUACUGCGUGAAAAUCCACAACAACUUCAAAACCUACUGUCCAAGAAAAUACUGCACAAUUUUUCGCAAGGAGUUGCGGGACAUUUACGAAGGGAACAAUCAAUUGAAUUAUAUGAAUCGUUCGUGCUCCGACCAAAAAAUGCUCCCAGAACAAAUAAUUGUCGCUGACAGCCAAGUCAGAGUUUUCAAUACCGAAAAUUUCAGACGCCACAAUAUUGCAGUUAUUACAGAUGAGUUUCAAUAUUACUUUCAAAGUUGUGAAAGCGAUCUUUGUAAUAAUGGCGACGGUGUCGAGUCAUCAGACAAUGAUCCUAAGUCAAGAGUACUUAUUGUCCCGGGUAUAGGUACUAAUUUAGCGUCUAGUUUAUCGAGUUCCAAUUAUUUUAUUUUUAUAGCUUGUAUUUUUAUUUUUACGAAUAAAUUUAUUAAUUUUUGA